ACCCGCUCGCGGGGCGUCUGUGCGCGUGCGCGCUCGCGCUCCCGCCCUCUCGCUGCGCUCGGCUGAGUCAGUCAGUCUGUCCGAGUCUGUCUUCGGAGCAGGCGGAGCGCGGGGACUUGGAAGAGCUACCUGCUUGGUUAUUCUAUUUCCCCUCCCUCACCUCCGCCCCAUAUCUCUCUUUACCCUUCUCCCGCCCUUGCUCGCAUAACCAUGGCGGAGCUGUCGGCGGCCACUCAGUCCCCGUCCAUCUCGUCGUCGUCCUCCGGGGCCGAGCCGUCCGCGCCCGGCGGCGGCGGGAGCCCGGGAGCCUGCCCCACCCUGGGGGCGAAGAGCUGCGGCUCCUCUUGUGCUGAUUCCUUUGUUUCUUCCUCUUCCUCUCAGCCUGUAUCUCUAUUUUCGACCUCACAAGGCAAUUUCCCAGAGCAUUCUGCUUUUCCCUCAGAGGAAGUUGGUCAAAUGGAAGAGCAAAUAAAUAAAGACCAAGAGUCCAGGAACUCAAAUGAGAUACCAAAUAGAGAGGAUAAAACUGCAUUGGAUACUAAUGGCAGAAUCACUUUACUAACAGCCCAGAAACCCCCGAGUGAGCUGUCCAAGGCAGAAGGCAUUUGUACAUAUUCCUUGUCCCCAUCCAAAGCGUCAGGAAGUGGUGUAAUUGAAAAGGAUUCCCCUGAAUCACCGUUUGAAAUAAUUAUUGACAAAGCUGCAUUUGACAAAGAAUUUAAAGACUCAUAUAAGGAGAGUACAAAUGUUUUUGGUAGAUGGUCAGUGCACACUGAUGGAGAAUCAUCUGAAGACAUUUCAGAGACUAAUGACAAAGUAUUUCCACUGAGAAAUAAAGAGACAGGGCGUUACCCGAUCUCUGCAUUGUUCAAUAGACAGUUUUCACACACAACAGCAGCACUGGAAGAGGUAUCUAGAUGUGUGAAUGAUAUGCAUAAUUUUACUAAUGAAAUAUUAACUUGGGAUUUGGUUCCUCAAGUGAAACAACAGACUGACAAGUCUUACGACUAUACCACAAAAACUAUAGGACCUGACAGGAGUGAAUAUAAUUCAGAAAUUCCAGUCGUAAAUCUUAAAACUAACACUCAUCAGAAAAUUCCUGUAUGUUCUGUUAAUGGGAACACUGCCAUCACUAAAUCAACAGGUGAUUGGGCAGAAACACCUGUUCUGCAAGAACAUGCCAACACUAGAAAAUCUAUGCCUGAUUGUGGCAAUUCCACAAAGGAAGUCAUCGUCAAAGGUGUACAAGGCAACGUGCAGAAACAGGACGGCCCACUUUCAGAGUUACCUGGAUCUCCCUUUGAGAGAUGUGUCUCUUUGGGUUCUGAAGUGACAGCAGUGAAAGUGGAUUUCCCUGAUGAUCACCUUAAAGAGGAAAUGAACAGGCCGAGCUCUGCAUUGGGAGAAGUUACAGAGGCUGAUAGUUCUGGUGAGUCUGAUGACACAGUAAUAGAGGAUAUUGCAGCAGAUACAUUGUUUGAAAAUAACAAAAUUCAGGCCAAAAAACCUGUUUCCAUUCUGAAUGCAGUUGUAAAAACAAGCAAAAGAGAAAUCAUAGAGAUUCCUGAUGGUGGUAAGACAUCUAAACACUUUGAAGAGUUGGUCAGUGACUCUGAGCCACCUCAAGUUCAGCCUUAUAUUCUUGGAAGGAGUCCAGCUCGUGAAGUGGUAUGUUCACGAGUACCCAAUAGGAAUGUCUUGGCAGAAGAUGUAAAUCAGUCAGAUAGUACAUGUGAAGUCGCUCCUGAAAAGCUUGUUACAACUGAGAACCCCACACUUCCUUCAAUAACUUCUCCAAAUGUUUUUAAUGAGAAAGAAGUCUCACUGAAUGUGACAACUUCUGCCUAUUUGGAAUCAUUACAUGGGAAAAAUGUUAAAGAUACAGAUGAUUCCUCUCCAGGGGACUUGGUAGCUGUCUUUACAGAAACCAGAGAGAAAGGAACAGUAGAUAAAUGUGAAGGAGAUGCCUUUGAAGCAAUAUCAGAGAAGAUGGAAAACAAGAGUAAAACAACUCUUCCUGUAGAAAUCUUGCAUGAAGGUGAGUCACGUGGUUCUGAAAUCAAAGACAUUCAAAGUAAAUACAACAAACAAAGCAAAGAAACAAAUGGAAGUGACCUUGUGGAUGUUUUCCCUAUCCAGAGUACUCCAGUAGCAUCUCUUGACUUAGAACAGGAACAGCUCACUAUCAAAGCCCUUAAAGAACUAGGAGAAAGACAGGCUGAGAAGUCAGUUUCUGUACAACAUGAAAUAGAAUCUCUUUCUGAAGAAAUACUCAAGCAAACUUUCACAUUUACUGCAGAGCCUUGGCCACAAAAAUCAUACGAUAACCUAGAACAUACAGAUGUCAAGACUGGAUCUGAUCUUGGGAUUUUCAGAAAGCCCCUCACUGUCAAAGAAACUACUAGGGUAGAUAUUUCCAACCUUAGCAAGACUGAACUGGUAAACAAGCAUGUCCUAGCGAGACUUCUGACAGACUUCUCAGUACAUGAUCUGAUUUUCUGGCGGGAUGUGAAGAAGACUGGAUUUGUCUUUGGCACUACACUGAUCAUGCUGCUUUCCCUGGCAGCUUUCAGCGUCAUCAGUGUGAUUUCUUACCUCAUUCUGGCUCUUCUGUCUGUCACCAUCAGCUUCAGGGUCUACAAAUCUGUCAUCCAAGCUGUACAGAAGUCAGAAGAAGGCCAUCCAUUCAAAGCCUACCUGGACGUAGACAUUACUCUGUCCUCAGAAGCGUUCCAUAACUACAUGAACGCUGCCAUGGUACACAUCAACAGGGCCCUGAAGCUCAUUAUUCGUCUUUUUCUGGUGGAAGAUUUGGUUGACUCCUUGAAGCUGGCUGUCUUCAUGUGGCUGAUGACCUAUGUUGGUGCCGUUUUUAAUGGAAUCACCCUUCUGAUUCUUGCUGAACUCCUCAUUUUCAGUGUCCCAAUUGUCUAUGAGAAGUAUAAGACCCAGAUUGAUCACUAUGUUGGCCUUGCCCGGGAUCAGACCAAGUCAAUUAUUGAAAAGAUCCAAGCAAAACUCCCUGGAAUCGCCAAAAAAAAGGCAGAAUAAGCAUCUGGAAGCCAGAAAUCCAACAGUUACUAAAACACCAUUUAAUAGUUAUAGCGUUGUUACUUGUACUAUGAAGGAACGUGCUCCGUGUCAGCUUGAGCCUGCAUUCCAAGCUUUUUUUUUUUUUUUUAAUUUGGUGUUUUCUCCCCCUCCUUUCCCUUAACCCUCAAUAUCAAGCACAAGAAUUGUUAGGCUAAAAAGAGAACUUAGAACCCGAAAGAAUAAAGAAUGAAAUUCAUAGGCUAAAUCAGUACCUUAAUGGUGGUGGAGCUUUUACCUAUAGCUUGAAAAGGGAAAGAUGGGAGGUAAAAGAGAAAGUGAAAGAACACCAUCUCUUGGGUCCUUCUAUUCAAUUUUCAGGACUGGUCUUACUUAGCUUCCCAUUAUAGUUUUGCCCUUGUUUUUAAGUUAAGAAAUAAUGAUUAACUUAUGAAGAAAUUAUUUGGGGACGGGAGUGUGAUUCCUUCCUUGGGUUUUUUGCAACCCUCAGAUCUCAUCUUCUGCCCCAAGAUGAUGUGAGCAGCUACUCUUAAUAUUCCUCUUCAUUUUAAUGAUCUAACUUCCAACUCUAUGAAUAACUUAUACAUGAUAGUGAUAAUUCCUGAUUCCCAGAAUGACAUCUGAUUAAAAAAAGAACUGAAGCAGAAAGUGGAACCAGAGAGGGAGUUACGGUAGCACUGUGGUGUCCCUCACUCCACCUAGGGAAGGAAAGCUCCACCGUUUGGGAAGGUGGUUUCUGUGUCUUUUCUCCUGGACACCAGUUCUGAGCAUUAGUUUGAGAACUUAUUCCCGAAUGUGCUUUCCUCCCCUCUCCCCUGUCCACCUCACCUCAAGUUUAAUAAAUAUGGUUGUACUUUUAUUAUGAAUAAAUGUCUGUAACUGCUGUACACUGCUGUAAACUUGUUAGAGAAAAAAUAAUCUGCAUGUGGGCUCCUCAGUUACUGAGUUAUUGUGAUCCUAUCUCAGCCUGUGCGGGGGUGGGGGGGAGUUUUUAAAAAGUGAAGUAUAGAAACCCAAAAAGCCUUUAUCUUGAUCUUUUCCCUGCAGCUUCCUUUUCAUAUUCUGCAUCUUUAGCCUGUGUUCAUCAUUUUAGUCUAAGGACCAAAGCCAAACUGGCUUGAGAGAUUGUGUAUGUCUGUGGUGAAAAGACCACAAAUUAGUGUAGGGAAGUGUUUUUUGUGGUUCAUACAGAGUUUUAACUGCUUUGAGGCUAGCUUAAUGGGUGUUUUGAGGGUUCUUUCAUUUUCACUCUUGCAAAAGCUCUUACUGGCACCCCUGCCAUGGGCCAGGGUACUGCUUGGAGAGUGUUUUCCAAGAAGUUUUAGGUGAGGGUUGGCAGGCACAGCCAGAUCUUAAUGAUACAAUUAAAAGGCAAGAGAACUCACUCUGAGAGCAAGUAGGUGGAGGGCAGCUGGGAAGCUUUGAUUCCCAUUUGAAGUUAAGUUUCUUCCUCCCCUUCAACAUGAAAAUGCAGCAAACUUGAAAGAAAAGUCAUUUGUGAGUUCUUUCCGGUGUCACUCAUGAUCAUGAUCAUCCACAGGGAACCUGCACUGUGAGUUUAAAGUAAGUCUGUACUAUCUGAUUGUCCUGAAGUACUGUGCUGUAGAAAGUAGUGGGAGGAAAUUUUCUUUCCAGUUUUUUUUUUUUUUUUUUUUGAAAAUUACUUAGGUGUUUAGAUGGGGAAAAGUUACCUUUACCUUACUCUAUUUUCUUAGCCCCCUUCUGAUUUUUUUUUUAACUGAUUAUGUGUCAUAGUAGGAAAUGCAUUCUUUAUUGUCGCCCUUUGCCAUCCCAGAAGUCAGUGCACUGAUCUGUCUUUUUGGGCUUCCCCUCCAAAGGACCUCUCUGCUCUGGAAGCCUCCACAUCUGGCUCUUUUCUUUUGUUGCUGCUGUGUUUAGAUAAUUAAAGAGAUCUUUGUGCCACGCAGGAAUUUUUUUUUUU